AUGCACGUCCGCACGGUGAGAUCUCUUUCCUUUGCCGCCUGAGUAUCGCUAUGUUGUAAAUCUUCUCGUUCUUCGUUGUGUCGUUGUUGUAAGUGUGAAUCUUGUGGUACGCUGUCGUAAUGGCAGCGCCGGUCCCUGAACAGAACUGGUCGGCGAAUACCAACACACGGCAUCCGGAAGACCCCUCACACGCCGAGCCUGUUGCGGAGUUUCCGUUGGAAGUGGUCAGCUCAGAGUCGUCAGCCAACCAGGAGAAGAUUGUGGAUAAGGAGGCGGUCGAAGAGUAUGAGUCGUCCGACUCCCAACAUGAUGUUGAGAAGGAGAAGGCGCACGUCAGAGCACCGCUCGAACGAGCAGAAAGUGCAUGGACGGAAACGAGCGUUGCGACUUCAAUAGCGGAGCCCGAAGCGCAACAACCAGCGCGAAAGCGAACAUGGGGCGAACGACUGAAUCCGCUGAAGCGGAAGAUCCCACCACCUGUACCCAAGGAGCGGCAGCCAAACCGCGAGCAUGAGGCGGGUGUUUUCAGCAAGAUCUACUUCCAAUGGAUGGCGCCCCUCAUGGAUGUUGGCUACCAGCGGCCGCUGGAGUUGAACGACAUCUGGCUGGUCAACCCUGACAGAAGCGUUGACAAGCUACAGCCGCUGUUGAUGGAGAAUUUCGAGAAGCGGAAGAAGGUUGGGAGCAAGAGCCCCUUAACGAUGGCAAUGUACGACACUUUCAAGACGGAGUUUCUCAUUGGCGGCGCUUGUCAGCUAGUCGCAGCAUGUUGUCAAGUGCUCUCCCCAUUCACGAUGAAAUACGUGAUCAGCUUCGCAGGAGAGGCAUACUAUGCGAAGACUUACGGCGCUCCGGCACCGUCGGUAGGCCGUGGUAUCGGUCUUGUCAUCGGCAUUACCUGCAUGCAGUUGAUCCAGUCUCUGUGUACCAACCACUUCAUCUACCGAGGUAUGACCGUCGGAGGCCAAGCGCGUAGUACGCUUAUUGCGAUCAUCUUCGAGAAGGCGAUGAAACUCUCGGGCAGGGCAAAGUCCGGUGGAAAAGCAGUGGGCGCGAAGCCAGAGAAACCAGAGGGUCUAAAGCCUGGGAGCAAAGAAGAGAAGAAAUGGAUGAAGGAGAAUUUAGGCAAGCAAAAGAAGGGUCCCAAGGGCAAGAAGGAUGUCGAAGGCGACGGUGAAGGAUGGAGUAACGGCCGCAUUGUCAACCUUAUGUCAACCGACACGUACCGCAUCGACCAAGCGUCCGGCAUGUUCCACAUGGUCUGGACUGCGCCUAUACAGGUUUUUCUCACGCUCGCGCUGCUCAUCAUCAACCUCACGUAUAGCGCCCUGGCCGGUUUUGCUUUUAUCUGCCUGUGUAUGCCGUUGCUUGCAACCGCCAUUCGGAGUCUCAUGAAACGCCGCACGUUCAUCAACAAAAUCACGGAUCAGCGCGUGUCUCUCACGCAGGAAAUCAUCUCGUCUGUACGCUUCGUCAAAUACUUUGGCUGGGAAACGAGCUUUCUCGACAGACUGGCUGAGAUUCGAACGCGCGAGAUCAACAAGAUCAGCUUCUUGUUGUCUAUCCGCAACGGCAUCAUGGCGAUCUCUAUGACCAUGCCUAUCUUCGCGUCUAUGCUCGCUUUCAUCACCUACUCGCUAUCGAACCAUGUUUUGAACCCGGCGCCCAUCUUCUCCUCCCUGGCCUUGUUUAAUGCUAUGCGCAUUCCGCUGAACAUGCUGCCCAUGGUUAUCGGCCAGGUGGUUGAUGCCGGUGCAUCCCUCCGCCGUAUUCAGGAGUUCUUGAACGCGGAGGAGUUGCAGGAUGAUGCAAAAUGGGAUAUGGAGAACAAGAGUGCCAUCAGCAUCCACAAUGCGAGUUUCACUUGGGAGCGCACACCUUCGCAAAACACCGAUCAGGCGCCUGGCAAGGACCCGAAGAGCAUGAAGCAAGUCAAGCAGGAGAAGAAGCAGGCUAAGAAGGAAGCCAAAGCGGACAAGCUUAGGUCAAAGAUGCUCGAGAAGGAGAAGCUGGAGGGAUCGCCAGAGACGCCGUCUACGCCGACGAGUCCGGGCAGCCCAGUGACUCUGCCAAGCGACGAUGUCGAGGAGGAGAAGCCUUUCUCAAUCUCUGGGAUUGAUAUUGACAUUGGCAGACACGAACUUGUGGCCGUUAUCGGGUCGGUCGGCUCAGGAAAAAGUUCGUUGCUCGGUGCGCUCGCAGGUGAUAUGAGAAAGACUGAUGGCUCCAUGACGCUUGGUGCGAGCCGUGCAUUCUGCCCGCAGUACGCCUGGAUCCAGAACGCGACGGUAAAGCAGAACAUCAUCUUCGGCCAAGAGUUCAACAAGCAGUGGUACAACGAUGUUAUCGAUGCCUGCGCACUUCGUCCUGAUCUUGAAAUGCUACCCAGUGGUGACUUGACGGAGAUCGGCGAGCGUGGUAUCACAGUUUCUGGUGGUCAGAAGCAGCGUUUGAAUAUUGCUCGUGCGAUCUACUUCAAUGCCGACAUCGUGCUCAUGGACGAUCCGCUAUCUGCCGUCGACGCGCACGUCGGUCGCCACAUUAUGGACAACGCCAUUUGUGGUCUAUUGAAGGACAAGUGCAGAGUGCUCGCAACGCAUCAGCUGCACGUACUGCAUCGCGUCGAUCGUAUCAUUUGGAUGAAGGAAGGCGAAAUCUUCAAGGUCGCCACGUUUGACGACCUGAUGGCGCAUGACGCCGAGUUCCAAAAGCUCAUGGAGACGACCGCCGUCGAAGAGAAGAAGGAAGACCAGGAUGAAGUGAACAAAGACGAGAUCGAGGGGGAGAAGAAGACCGCUCAGAAGAAGAAGGGCAAGAAGCCAACUGGCGCGCUGAUGCAGACCGAAGAACGUGCAGUCAAGGGUGUCGGCUGGGACGUCUACAAGGCGUACAUCGAGGCGUCGGGCACCAUCUGGAACUUGCCCUUGGUCCUGCUAAUCCUUAUCGUCUCCCAGGGCGCCAAUAUUGUCACCAGCUUAUGGCUGUCGUACUGGACGUCCAACCGCUUCCAUUUGGAGAUGGGAGUCUACAUCGGCAUAUACGCCGCUUUGGGCGUUGUGCAAGCAGCACUGCUCUUUAUCUGGUCAGUCGCUCUUACUGUGCUCGGCACUCGAGCCAGCAGAGUCAUGCUGCAGCGUGCCAUGACGCGUGUACUGCGGGCGCCCAUGUCUUUCUUCGACACGACGCCACUUGGACGUAUCACGAACCGUUUCUCCAAGGACGUCGAUACCAUGGACAACGCGCUUACGGAUGCCAUGCGGAUGUUCUUCAUGACCAUGGCCAUGAUUCUGUCGGUCUUCAUCCUUAUUAUCGCCUACUACUACUACUUCCUCGUCGCGCUCGUGCCACUGACGCUCGCCUUCCUCUUCUCUGCCAGCUACUACCGCGCUUCUGCGCGCGAGAUCAAGCGACACGAAGCCGUGUUGCGUAGUGUGGUGUUCUCCCGCUUCGGCGAAGCCGUCUCCGGUGUUUCCACCAUCCGCGCGUAUGGGUUGCAGAAGCAGUUCGCUCAGUCCGUCAACGAGGCGGUGGACGAUAUGGAUGGUGCGUACUUUUUGACGUUCGCCAACCAACGCUGGCUUUCUACUCGCCUGGACGCCGUUGGCAAUCUUUUGGUCUUCACGGUUGGCAUCCUAGUCGUUACCUCCCGCUUUGCGAUCAACCCUAGUACCGGCGGCUUGGUGCUAUCCUACAUUUUGACGAUCGUGCAGAUGAUUCAGUUCACCGUCAGGCAGCUGGCUGAGGUGGAGAACAACAUGAACUCGACUGAGCGCAUCCACUACUAUGGCACCAAGCUCGAGGAAGAGGCACCUCUGCACACGAUCGACGUCCGACCGACGUGGCCAGAAAAGGGUGAGGUUGUCUUUGACAACGUGGAGAUGCGGUAUCGUGCAGGUCUGCCGCUCGUGUUGAAGGGCCUCAACAUGCAUGUCAAGGGUGGCGAGCGCAUUGGUGUGGUCGGCCGCACAGGUGCUGGCAAGUCUUCGAUCAUGUCCACACUCUUCCGCAUCACCGAGUUGUCUGGUGGCAGCAUCACGAUUGACGGCGUCGAUAUCGCAAAGAUAGGUCUACACGAUCUACGAGCGCGUCUGGCAAUCAUACCACAGGAUCCAACACUGUUCCGUGGCACGAUCAGAAGUAACCUGGAUCCCUUUGACGAGCGAACAGACUUGGAGCUGUGGAACGCUCUCCGCCAGGCUGACUUGGUGGGCGCCGAGCAAUCUAUGGAGGACGAGGCAGGCCGUAUACACCUCGACACGGUCGUUGAGGACGAAGGUCUCAACUUCUCGCUUGGGCAGCGGCAAUUGCUCGCAUUGGCUCGGGCACUUGUGAGAGGAUCUCAGAUCAUUGUCUGCGACGAGGCCACUUCCUCUGUCGACUUCGAAACGGAUCAAAAGAUUCAGCGUACAAUUGUGCGAGGAUUCAGGGGCAAGACACUCCUUGUCAUUGCCCAUCGUCUCAAGACCAUCAUUAGCUACGAUCGCAUCCUUGUCAUGGACGCUGGCAAUGUUGCGGAGCUUGACACACCGAUCAACCUAUAUGAUGCCAACGGUAUCUUCAGAUCGAUGUGUCAGAAGUCCGGGAUUCGCCGCGAAGACUUCUUUACUUCCACAGAAGCUCACUUUGCCGACGAGAGUCCUGUCUUAGAGCGCACGCAGAGUCGGCAGCUCGGUUAUUAACCAGCAUUUGCACAUUUGCGUUUAGCAUAGCACUGGUGUUUUCUCUCCGGACUAGAUUGAGCAUAUGAAUGCAUAUAGCAUAGCAUUAGCGGACAGAAUGUGACCUAUCUGACCGACAACAGUGCGAUUCGAGCACAUACCCGAAGCGCAUCACAUUAUGCCACUAACGUCUCCUUUAGGUCAUAGGCCAGCAUCUCCGCUUCCAGCGUUUUCGCCUCCGG